AUGAGGAUGAGCUUUGGGUUGACUUUUAGGUCAGCAAAAGGCCAUUGGACUGUGAACCUCAGCCGGCAGUGCUCACGUGGAUCCAUUGGGUUAUUUGUGCCUCCAAGUCCUCCUUUGGACCCUGAGAAGGUCAAAGAGUUACAACGUUUCAUCACCCUUUCCAAGAGACUCCUUGUGAUGACUGGGGCAGGAAUCUCCACUGAGUCAGGGAUCCCAGAUUACAGGUCAGAAAAUGUGGGACUUUAUGCCCGCACUGACCGGAGGCCCAUCCAGCAUGGUGAUUUUGUGCGAAGUGCUCCAAUCCGCCAGAGGUACUGGGCAAGGAACUUUGUGGGCUGGCCUCGGUUCUCCUCCCACCUGCCUAACCCCGCACACUGGGCUUUGAGCAACUGGGAGAAACUCGGAAAGCUCUACUGGCUGGUGACUCAAAAUGUGGACGCUUUGCAUACCAAGGCGGGGAGUCGGCGCCUGACAGAGCUCCAUGGAUGCAUGCACAGGGUCCUCUGCUUGGACUGUGGGGAACAGACUCCCCGGGAGAUGCUGCAGGAGCGCUUCCAAGUUCUAAACCCCACCUGGAGUGCCGAGGCCCAGGGCCUGGCUCCCGAUGGCGAUGUCUUUCUCUCAGCGGAGCAGGUGCAGAGCUUUCAGGUGCCAUCCUGCACUCGAUGCGGAGGCCCUCUGAAACCAGAUGUCGUUUUCUUUGGGGACACAGUGAACUCUAACAAGGUUGAUUUUGUGCACAAGCGUGUAAAAGAAGCCGACUCCCUCUUGGUGGUGGGAUCAUCCUUGCAGGUGUACUCUGGUUACAGGUUUAUCCUCACUGCCCGGGAGAAGAAGCUACCCAUUGCAAUACUGAACAUUGGGCCCACCCGGUCAGAUGACCUGGCAUGUCUGAAACUGAAUUCUCGUUGUGGAGAGUUGCUGCCUUUAAUAGACCCACACUGAGCCAGGGUCGGUGGCUCAGCCUGUAAUCCCACGCCUUGGGAGGCUGAGAUCCCUCAGGAUUCAUCCCUUUUUUUGCAAACUAAUUGAAAAUUACUGCAAGCAGCCUGUAGAGGACAGCAGACCAACAUCUCUC